UCUGCACAGCCGCCUCCCUCAGUGUAGCCCGGGUACUGGGCUCUGACCUGCGCCCGACGUGCAUUCGUGGACCAGAACACCCAGGCGUGGCCUCCGGGACGCCUCCAGAAAAGGCGAGACCCGCCACGGGUUGGAGGCAGCCCUCGGUGACCAGCACUGCCCUGGCCUCGCCGACCGGGUGCGACGCCCCUUGCCCACUCGCACGGUGCAGCCGAUCCCCGCACCGCUGCUCCAGGAAAGCGUGCGCAGCGCUGGACGCUACCAUGGACCGCGGCGGUCCAGCGAGCAGCCCGCUGAGCGCCAGCGCGGAGCCCGCGCCCCCGGCCUCCAGCUCCCGAGCCCAGAGCCCAGGGCGCCCCGAGCCGCCGGGCCUCGGGGUCGGAGCACGCUCCGGGGGUGGGCGGCCCGCUGCAGCGAACGCGGCGCGGGAGCGGAGCCGCGUGCAGACUCUGCGGCACGCCUUCCUCGAGCUGCAGCGCACGCUGCCGUCGGUGCCACCCGACACCAAGCUGUCCAAGCUGGACGUGCUGCUGCUGGCCACCACCUACAUCGCGCAUCUUACCCGCAGCCUGCAGGACGACGCCGAGGUGGCAGCAGACCCGAGUCUGGGCACUUUGCGUGGAGACGGCUACCUGCACCCAGUCAAGAAAUGGCCCAUGCGCUCAAGACUGUACAUUGGUGCUACUGGUCAGUUUCUGAAGCACUCUGUCUCUGGAGAAAAAGCGAAUCACAACAGUGCUCCAACAGACUCACAGCUUUAGGUUCUCUCCUGGUAGGAGCUGUUAGGAGUGGUAGCUGUUGUCUUUAAGUACUAUGAAAUAAUUCAAUAUUUAGUACAUCAGGUAUAGCAAACAUCAUUUCUGAAAGUUCACACUAUGACAUACAGUUAAAUUACUCAGAUUAAUCUGUCUAAAAUGUGAAAUGAGGCUUGUAUAAAACCACUGCUUAUCUAUUCAUCAAGUCACUGCUAAUAUAGUACAAGAGAAACUCAGAAAAAAGACACAACAGCAAACAGUAUAUAUAUAUAUAUAUAUAUAUAUAUAUAUAUAUAUAUCACACAUCAUCUCCAGAGAAUGCACACAUUUUUGUAGUAUCUAUUAGAGAUUUAAAAGCCAAUAUUGAUCAGUACAGUCUUUCUAAUGUUUGUUUAUAAUAUACAAGUAUUCCAUUUUUGUCAAAACCAGUUGUCUUUAGUUGGUCUAAGAUGCCAUUUCAGUUGGAAGAUGCAAGAUCAUUUAUUGUUUGGCUGCCUAUGUAUGUGUAAAUACUGUUGCAGUAACUUCUAUAACUAAUUAUUUUUCCCAUUUAGAAAACUUGGCGUAUAAGACAUGACAUGGUCAACUUUCUAGAAGUUCAGUCAAUAUUAAGAGGUGAUGUAUAAGCUUCCAGGCUGUGGGAGGUACUGGGAACACAAACAGCAGUAUGAAUAGUAGUAGCCCAAGAGUCGCUGGGCUGCAGGGUUUGUUAGCCUCUCUCCUGGUCACACUGUAUCACCCCAACCUCCUUCAGGUUCUAAGCUGGUUAAGCAGAUUCAGCUGUAGCCACCUUGGAAAGACUGGAAUUUGCAAGGCUAUGGGGGGUGGGGUCAGGGCUUGAGUAAAUUCCCAGGAUCUUCCUCAGCCAGUGAUGGUGCCAGACUCCUUCCCAUCUCAGCUGUUCACAGUCUACCUCUUUGGACAUUAUGAAAUGGCAGAAAUCUUAAUUUGGGGAAUUCUGGCAUUGAUCUACACCUUAGGGUGUCUAAGGACCCCUCAGUUUUCCUGAAACACAUUCAGGGUUGAGCAGACCACCUGAAUCUGCACCAAUAUGAAUCUCCACCAGUGGGCCUCUUCUACCACACUGCACAUCGAGUGUCCAGGGAGUAACAGGUCUGAUUAUACUACCGAGGACCCUGCCGAAAAAUACUGUUACGUAGUAAAGCUUUGCCUUUGACAAUACUUUUUAAAAUUUCUUCUUGUCUGGUUGCAAAUGUUUUAAUGUUUUAAUAAGCAGUUUUAUUUCUGUCAUAGAUUUUUUAAAAACAUUUUAUUCAGUUGCUAAAUAUGCUAACAGCUUUAGUAAACUGAAAAAUUUUGGAGAAAUUACAUAUGGUCAGAGCCAUGAAUAGGUAUGCUUAUCAGGGAAUACAUGGAACCCCAAAACAAUGUAGAGUCUCCUGGAAAAAUAUCAACAUCAAUGAUCUCUUUGCGAAUUUAGAUUCAUUUUUAUCAUUUUUUUGCUUUUCUUUUCAGUCUGUACUAUACUUUCCAGUAUAAAGUUAAUUUAUUUCUCAAUAAUAAAGCUUUGUUUCUGUUUGUUUAGUUUUGAGACUGGGUCUUGCUAUGUAG